GAUUGCAUCUAAUCGUGCCAUUCAGAUUCGCUCUAAAGAUCUACGCGAAAAGACCAAUUAGUGGUGGAAAUAAUAUCGUUGGGCUUCCAGUGUCUGCACCAGGUGUAAUCCACCGAUUCUGUUGCAAAAUGUUUUGUCUCUCGCAAAACGUUUGCUAUCAGAAUACAUUGAAACGUAGGGCCUUAAUUACUCCCCCCCCCCAAAUAAAAAAAUCAGAAAUGUCAGAUUGCCACAUAAUUGCCUGCAUUGAAUCAUUCGCUUACACACCAUUUGCAUUUUUUUUGUUGCACUGUGCACCUGCGCGUGGGCGGGUUAAUGGUUAACCGGUUAAAACUUACCUGUCGUACAUGGGUCAUAAACAAACCCCACAACCCGGAAAAAGACAGUGGACUGGCACGGGAGGGUUUACUUUUAAUAAAGUAAUAGCUAAGAAAAGUGAAGGAAGUGUAAUUGUGGAAGUUGUUCUUUUUUCGUUUGUGAAAUUGGAAGGAACGUGGGGACAAAGGACCUUGGACCUGCUUAACAAAAGCACUGGAGAUGGACCGUUACCGGUACUUCAUCUUCAACCAGCGCAGUGUCGUGGUUCUGGGAAUCCUGCAGAUAGCCUGUGCGGCACUGUGCGUGGUUUGCGGAAUAAUAGACGCGUUUUUCCGCAGAAACACUACCCUCAGCGAAACAAGGGCACCUGUAUGGGCGGGUUUGGUAAUGGCUUGCCCAGGUGCGCUGGCUCUGGUCGCAUCCCAAAGGAAGAACCCAGUCUUGGUGAACGUAAUGAUCGCUGCCUCGGUGUGUUCCUGUGUCUCAGUGGUGGUGGUGACAGGUUAUGCCUGCCUAACUUUGGCCUACGGAGAGAAUGACAACGAGGUGUUCCACCGCCACAACAAUCCUGAAGUGAGGUUUUUGCUCAGCCGGAUGGUGAAGGGAGCCAACGCUACCAUGCUGUUGGUCUCCUUGGUCAGCCUAGUUAUGUCCUGUCUCAUCGCGUUUGUAGGCUGCCGCAGUCUGCCUCUUUGUGGCUGCUACAAUGGCCUUACCGGCAUGGAGAUACUGGUCCCUCAGAAUGACUCCAGUCCUGAGACAGAGCUUGUGUGUACAUGGCAAGCAGGUGGCGAUGACAGUGUGCUCAACUCUCCAGUGAACUUCAGUGACAGAUGUCCUGAGGAGAAAGAAGCACCCUCCCAACUCCCUUCCUACAGCAGACUUGCCUGAGGGAAUUCUGUAGUAGCAGAGAUUAAUAUUUGGAAAAUCUCAAUUGCAUCCUAGCUGCUCUCUCCUUUUCCAAAACCAGGAGAAUGUCAGAGGGGAGACGAAGUAGAAAGCCAGAGGACCCCCACCCUCUGAUCUCCUCCGAUGGGUUAGGAGAGGACGCCGAUGCAGGAGAGAUGCAGUUGAGAUCUUUCCCGAGGUUGUGUACAUAACAUCUUUAUGAAAUUGCACGAAUGAAAGGGGGGGAACCCUGUGUAGCUCUUUGGUCAUUCUUGUGACAUGUUUGGGUGAAAACAUGCACCCCCGGUCCCAGAGGAGCAACCCUGUCCCAGAGGAGCAACCCGGUCCCAGAGGAGCAACCCGGUCCCAGAGGAGCAACCCGGUCCCAGAGGAGCAACCUGUUGUGAUGAGUUCUAUGACAUUUUAUCCAACAGGGAACACCAGAUGAAUUGCUCCAGACAUCUUAACCUGACAGUUAAUGUGAAGUACCAUAUACAGAUAACUAGUGUACAUUUUUUUUUUUUUUUUUUUAAACAAGUCUUUAAGGGUGAGCUUGGAAACACCCCUGUAUCCCUUCCAGGCAUGCAUGUGGUCCUUCCUAUUCAAUUUCUAUUAUAUAUAUAUAUAGUGUGUGUG